AUGAUGUUUAAUAAGAAAACACUAUUUGCUGUUUCUAAUUUGAUUGCUUCAGUAUUAGCUCAAGAAGCUACAGCUCCAAAGGAUUCUGCUGUUGUUAAAUUAACAAAUGAUAACUUUAAAUCUUUUGUUGAAGGUUCUAAUUUAGUCCUUGCAGAAUUUUUUGCUCCAUGGUGUGGUCAUUGUAAAAAAUUAGCACCAGAAUACGUUCAAGCUGCUAAAAUUUUAAAAGAUGAACAUAAUAUUACUUUAGCUCAAAUUGAUUGUACCGAAGAUCAAGAAAUCUGUAUGGAACAAGGUGUUCAAGGUUAUCCAACUUUAAAAGUCUUUAAGAAUGGUGAAAUUGAUGCUGAUUCUGCUCAAACUUAUCAAGGUCAAAGAACCGCUGACGCCAUUGUUGAUUACAUGAUUAAAGCAUCUUUACCAUCUGUUAUUACAGUCGAAGACGUUAAAGAAUUAGAUGAUUUAUUAAAUAAUGCUACUUCUCCAAUUAUUGUUAAUUAUGGUGUCUCUAAAUUAGAUAAGAAUUUCUUAUCUAUUGCUGAUUCCUUAAAUGAAAUGUAUACUUUUGUCUCUGUUCCAUCUUCAAAGAAACAAAAUAUUUCCUUAUAUUUACCAUCUGGUGCCAAUGAUCCAAUUGUCUUUAAUGGUAAAAUUGAUGAUAUUAUUGAAGAUAAAUUAAUUCUAGAAAAAUGGUUAAAGGUUGAAGCAUUACCAUAUUUUGGUGAAAUUGAUGGUUCGAUCUUUCAAUUUUAUGUUGAAUCUGAAUUACCAAUGGCUUAUUACUUUUAUGUCACCGAAGAUCAAUUAGAAGAUUAUAAAGAAUAUUUCACUGAAUUAGGUAAGAAAUACCGUGGUGAAAUUAAUUUUGUCUCUAUUGAUGCUAAACAAUUCGGUAGACAUGCUGUCAAUUUAAACAUGAAGGAACAAUUCCCAAUGUUUGCUAUUCAUAACUUAACUGCUAACUUGAAAUACGGUCUACCACAAUUAACUGAUGAAGAAUACGCUGAAUUAACUAUCCCACCUGUUGUUGAUAAAGCUGACAUCACUAAAUUGAUUACUGAUUUUGUUGAUCACAAAGCUGAACCAAUUGUUCAAUCCGAAGAAAUUCCAGAUAUUCAAGAAACUAACGUUUACAAGUUAGUUGGUAAGACUCACGAUGAUAUCGUUUAUGAUAAUCAAAAGGAUGUCUUAGUUAAGUACUACGCUCCAUGGUGUGGUCACUGUAAGAGAUUAGCUCCAAUUUACGAAGAAUUGGCUGAUAUUCUAGCUAACGAUAAGAAUGCUCAAAACAAGAUUGUCAUUGCUGAAAUUGAUGAUACUGUCAAUGAUAUCAUGGGUGUUGAAAUCCCAGGUUACCCAACCAUCGUUUUCUACCCAGCUGGUAAGGAUGCGGAACCAAUUCUAUUUGAAAGUGCUAGAACCGUCGAAGCUUUCUUAGAAUUCAUUAAGAACAACUCUGCUAACAAGAUUGAUGGUCCAGCCAUUUACGAAGAUUACAAGAGAGAACUAAAGGCUAAGCAAAAGGCUAAGCGUGAAGCUGAAUUAGAAAAUGAUAACGAUGAUGAUGAAGAUGACUACGAUCACGAUGAAUUGUAA